GCAGCGCGGGGCUCUUGGUGGUACCCGCGGACUCAGAGUCACUGCGUGCUGGCUUUGUAGGAAGACCGAACUUGUUCAUGGGGCAGAUCUAACAGGAAGGCAUCAUGCCAAUUCUAGGCGAAAAUGACCUAUUUACCCAUCGAGAAGAAGAAGAAGAAGAAAAGGACCUCAUGAGAAACGGGGACACUAAUUAGCAGUAAGCAGAGGUUGCAGUAGGGCAGCGUUAUUGAUUGCCGGCAGUCAGAGUGCUGAGGCUGGAAGUCAGCCAGUUUUCUAGACAACAUGCCCCUGAGAAGUUCUGGCAAGUUCAGCAUGGAGGCCAGGAAAGAAGAUGGUGAGAGCACAGCACCUGCUCCUCCACAGAAGAAGCUGUCCUGUCAGUGCCACCAUCACUGUCCUGAGGAUUCAGUCAACAGCACCUGCAGCACUGAUGGCUACUGCUUCACCAUAAUAGAAGAGGAUGACUCCGGUGGACAUUUAGUCACCAAGGGAUGCCUUGGAUUAGAAGGCUCAGACUUCCAGUGUCGGGACACUCCCAUUCCACACCAAAGAAGAUCUAUUGAGUGCUGCACAGGCCAAGAUUACUGUAACAAACACCUCCACCCUACUCUCCCACCACUGAAAAACCGAGACUUCGCUGAAGGAAGCAUUCACCACAAGGCUCUGCUGAUCUCGCUGAGCGUUUGCAGCAUACUCCUGGUGCUUAUCAUCAUCUUUUGCUACUUCAGGUACCGGCGCCAGGAGACGAGGCCUCGCUACAGCAUCGGGCUGGAGCAGGACGAGACCUACAUUCCACCCGGAGAGUCCCUGAAGGAUUUGAUCGAGCAGUCGCAGAGCUCCGGCAGCGGCUCCGGGCUCCCUCUGCUGGUUCAAAGGACCAUUGCCAAACAGAUCCAGAUGGUAAAGCAGAUUGGGAAAGGUCGCUAUGGUGAGGUCUGGAUGGGGAAGUGGCGCGGCGAGAAGGUAGCCGUCAAAGUGUUUUUCACCAUGGAGGAAGCCAGCUGGUUCAGAGAAACAGAGAUCUACCAGACUGUGCUGAUGAGGCACGAGAAUAUCCUAGGGUUCAUUGCUGCAGACAUUAAAGGUACAGGAUCUUGGACCCAGCUGUAUCUCAUCACCGACUACCACGAGAACGGUUCGCUUUAUGAUUACCUGAAAUCCACUACUUUGGACACAAAAGCCAUGCUCAAACUGGCUUACUCUUCUGUCAGUGGCUUGUGCCACCUGCACACGGAGAUCUUCAGCACUCAGGGCAAGCCUGCCAUUGCCCACCGUGACCUAAAGAGUAAGAACAUCCUGGUGAAAAAGAACGGCACCUGCUGCAUAGCAGACUUGGGCUUGGCUGUUAAAUUUAUUAGUGACACAAACGAGGUAGACAUCCCUCCAAACACCCGCGUAGGAACAAAACGCUAUAUGCCUCCUGAGGUGCUGGAUGAAAGCUUGAACAGGAAUCACUUUCAGUCCUACAUCAUGGCUGAUAUGUACAGUUUUGGACUCAUCCUCUGGGAGAUAGCAAGGAGAUGUGUUUCGGGAGGAAUAGUUGAGGAAUACCAGCUCCCAUACCAUGACCUGGUGCCCAGCGACCCCUCCUACGAGGACAUGCGGGAGAUUGUGUGCAUCAAGAGACUACGACCUUCCUUUCCCAACAGGUGGAGCAGCGAUGAGUGCCUCAGGCAGAUGGGGAAGCUGAUGAUGGAGUGCUGGGCUCACAACCCUGCCUCCCGGCUCACAGCCCUGCGGGUGAAGAAGACGCUGGCCAAGAUGUCAGAGUCGCAGGACAUUAAACUCUGAGGCAUCCGCGGGCAGCUCCGGGGAGGAGCCCACGGGAACGGCCUCGGUCCUGCGGGCACAACACCUGGACAGGUAUCUAAAGGCUUGGUUAACUGAGAGCCUUGAGUGCAGCCACGCUUCAGAGCAGCUCUGAGUUCGUUUUGAGGAGGCUGCCCUGGGCUAAAAGAAAACCCCCACUAACCAGCUCGGUUUUGACAGGUGAGAUGGGAAGAGGCUUCUCUGCUCUUGUUUACACAGGGGGUGGGGGGGGGAAACCCACAGUUUCUAGUAACUGCUUGAAGGUGAGGCAUGUUGCUUUCCAUGAAAGCCACUUAGUAUUGUUAUUUUAUUAUUAUUAUUAUUAAUAUUGUUAUUUUGAAUGUUUAAAGAAGAAGAAGAAAGAAAAAAAAACAAUUAAGCUAUUGCUUUAAAUAUGACAGAAAAACAAACCCAAACCAACCCCCCCCCCCAAAAAAAAAAAAAAGAUAACUUUUUUGUGUUUAAAAAGUUGAACAAAUGAGGUAUAUUGUUGCAUUAAAAACCCACCAGAAGGAAAACAAAAAAACCCCAACCGAGCAGGAAGCUCUGCAGGCAAAGUGACUUCUUGGUUUGCAAAGAGGCUGUUGCGCCCAAGCCGUUAAGAAAGAGGAGGAUGGCAGCUCAGAGGAGCUGCGCUGGAAGCUGCCUUAAAGCCACCUGCCUGGAGAGGUGACUUAUCGUAGCCCUGUGCGCAGGUGGCUCUCACAGUUCAGAGAGCUGUUGUUAGCAGGGGGCGGUUGGGUUCCCCCCCGCCCCGAGGCUUGUUCCAGGGCAGGUCUUGCUUUGUUUAAGCUAAUUGAAAGCUAAAGGACUUCAGGGUUCGGUGUGGCUUGUUUGAAGCAGCUCUUUGCCUUCCUAGGAAGUCUGAUGGGUGUAGUACCAGGGUGAUAAACAAGUCUCCUCCUC